GUGCAGAGCAGAGCCGAUGAUUGUUGUCAUUCCUCAGAUGGCCGCAGGGGGCAGUGAGCGCUGCACCCACUGAUGCAGCGGUGCUCUCCUUCCCUAACUUCACAUGACGUGUUUCCGCUUUCAACUCCAGCGUGGGCUAAGCUAAGUUAGCAAACACGUAUUGUUUAUUUAAUGUGUUGUUUUGAAGCCACACAUAAAUACUUUUACAUGGCCGUGGAGGGAUGUACUUGUUAAUUAAAUGUCCUUACUGGGAACUUGUGAGCUACAGCUAAAACUAACGCUUAUUUUGUAGCUGGAGUUAGCUGAGUUAGCUAACUCACGUCCCUGCUACCAUAACAGCAACGCUGUUUGAGCGUUUUGAAAAGCGGCAUCAUGGCCCAUCUAGAGCAGUGGGUUAAUGACCGUCUCCAUGACAUCCUCGGGCUGAGUGACAGAUAUGUGUCCCAAUUCAUGAUUGGCACUGCCCGGAAAGCACUGAGUCCUCAAGACUUUGUGACUCGCCUUAAGGAGACAGGCACAAUUGACAUCAACCAGAGUGUGCUUGCUUUUGCGCAGGAGCUCUUUGAUAAGAUUCCUCGCAAGCAGGUUGUUGAGAAACCAUCCCGGGCAAUAGAACGACAAGCCAUUGAAAUGGACAGGAGGAACCGGACAUACACGUUACUAGAGGACAGUGACAGUGAUGGAGACACUGUGCGGGAGAAACAGAAAGGGAAAAAGAAAAGCAAGGACAAGGACAGAGGAAAUAAGAGGAAGCACAUCAGACAGAAGAAAGAGUCGUCCAGUGAGGAUGAAGCACCUAAACAGGGUAACUCAGGCCAGUCUGUCAAGAAAGAAGAGGAGGAAGAGGAAGAGUGGGAGAAGGAAGAGAGAGAACGACUGCAGGACAUUGUAGAGAGAGACGCGUUUGCUGAGCGAGUGAGGCAGAAAGACAAAGACAAGACCCGCAACAUAGCAGAGAGGACUGACAAAAAGGCUUAUGAGGAAGCUCAGAAGAGGCUGAAGAUGGCUGAAGACGAUCAGAAGAAUAUGUUGCCAGAGUUGCGGAAGCGCUCUCGCUGGGAUUAUCUGAAGAAGAGAGAGGCAGAAAAGCUGGAGGACCUGGAGGCAGAGAUCAUUGAUGAUGAGUACCUUUUCGCUACAGAUGAGCUGACUGAGAGGGAGAAAAAGGAGUUAGAAUACAAGCGCACCCUUCGGGACCUGGCUAAGGAUUACAAAAAGGCAGGUGCCAAGGAACAGGAGGAGAGGAAGAACAGAUACUAUAUGCCGGAAGAGAAGAGAAGCAAGGAGGUGCCCCAGAGGGACCUGGAGCUGGAGGAAACUCCCAUGGAGCUGGGAGGAGAGCAAGGCCGCUGGGAGGAGGAGAGGCUGAAGACGGCCUCCCUCAGCUUUGGGGCCAAGAGAGAGCGAGAGCAAGGGAUGAGGCGGGAGCAGGAGAAAUACCAGCUGAUCCUGGAGGAGGAUGAGAUGAUUGACUUUGUCAGUACUGCCAUUACUAUGAAAGGAACUCGGACAGAAAAGGAUCAGGAGGCCCCGGUUCUGUCGCAGGCAGAGCUGAAGAAACAGUCCAUGCAGGAGGUCCGACGCAGCCUUCCCAUCUUCCCUUACAGAGAUGACCUGCUCGCUGCCAUCCAUGAACACCAGAUACUGGUCAUUGAAGGAGAGACAGGCUCCGGAAAAACCACCCAGAUCCCACAGUACCUCCUGGAAGAUGGCUACACUAAAGGAGGCAUGAAGAUCGGAUGCACACAGCCUCGCAGAGUGGCAGCAAUGUCAGUUGCAGCCAGAGUGGCACAAGAAAUGAGCGUCAAGCUUGGGAAUGAGGUGGGUUACAGCAUUCGUUUUGAGGACUGCACAUCAGAAAGAACAGUGCUCAAGUACAUGACAGAUGGUAUGCUGCUCCGAGAGUUUCUCACUGAGCCCGACCUGGCCAGCUACAGUGUGAUCAUCAUAGAUGAAGCCCAUGAGCGAACCCUUCACACAGACAUCCUGUUUGGUCUGAUUAAGGACAUCGCCAGGUUCAGACCAGACCUGAAGGUGCUGGUGGCCAGCGCUACUCUGGACACUGAGCGCUUCUCUUGCUUUUUCGAUGAUGCGCCUGUCUUCAGGAUCCCCGGCAGGAGGUUCCCUGUUGAUAUCUUCUACACUAAAGCUCCAGAGGCAGACUACCUGGAAGCGUGCGUGGUUUCAGUGCUCCAGAUCCAUGUCACCCAGCCCCCAGGAGACAUCCUGGUCUUCCUCACUGGACAGGAGGAGAUUGAAGCAUGUUGUGAGAUGCUCCAGGAGAGAUGCAGGCGGCUGGGAUCGAAGAUAGCCGAGUUGCUGGUCCUUCCCAUCUACGCCAACCUACCAUCUGACAUGCAGGCGAAGAUCUUCAACCCCACUCCACCUGGGGCCCGUAAGGUGGUGGUGGCUACCAAUAUAGCAGAAACCUCAUUGACCAUAGAUGGCAUCAUCUACGUCAUUGAUCCAGGGUUCUGCAAACAGAAGAGUUACAACGCCCGCACUGGCAUGGAGUCGCUCAUUGUCACGCCCUGCUCACGGGCUUCAGCCAACCAGAGAGCAGGCCGUGCAGGCAGAGUGGCUGCUGGGAAAUGUUUCAGGCUUUACACAGCCUGGGCCUUUAAACAUGAGAUGGAGGAAACAACCGUGCCUGAGAUUCAGAGGACCAACCUUGGAAAUGUGGUACUGCUGCUGAAGAGUCUGGGCAUCAAUGACCUCAUACAUUUUGAUUUCAUGGACCCACCUCCUCAUGAGACUCUGGUCUUAGCGCUGGAGCAGCUCUACGCCCUGGGAGCUCUCAACCACCUGGGGGAGCUCACCAAGCUGGGCCGCAGGAUGGCUGAGUUACCCGUGGACCCCAUGCUGAGCAAGAUGAUCCUGGCCUCUGAGCAGUACAAGUGUUCAGAGGAAGUGUUGACAAUAGCAGCCAUGUUGUCGGUGAACAACUCUAUUUUCUACCGGCCCAAGGACAAGGUGGUGCAUGCCGACAACGCCAGGAUGAACUUUGUGGUGCCGGGGGGAGACCACCUGGUGCUGCUCAACGUCUACACGCAGUGGGUGGAGAGCGGCUUCUCCACACAGUGGUGCUAUGAGAAUUUUAUCCAGUUCCGCUCCAUGAGAAGAGCCCGGGAUGUCAGGGACCAGCUGGAGGGUCUUAUGGAUCGCAUUGAGGUGGAGGUGGUCAGCUCCCAAGGAGACAAUGUGCCCAUUCGCAAGGCGGUGACAGCAGGAUAUUUCUAUCACACGGCGCGGCUGAGCAAAGGCGGCUAUAAGACGGUGAAGCACCAGCAGACGGUCUACGUUCACCCCAACAGCUCUCUGUUCGAGGAGCAGCCCCGCUGGCUCAUCUACCACGAGCUGGUCUUCACCACUAAGGAGUUCAUGAGACAGGUGAUUGAGAUAGAGAGCAGCUGGCUGCUUGAAGUCGCUCCUCACUACUACAAAAGCAAAGAGCUGGAGGACAGCAGCAGCAAGAAGAUGCCCCGCAAGCAGGGGAAAACAAAAGAGGAACUGGGCUGAAGAGAAGACCAAGCCUCAGGGCUCAGAUGGCAGAAAUAAAAAGUACAGGGGCACGCUCCCGUCCUCUCUCAGGGCAGGGUAAAAGUAGGAAAAAGGACUUUGAAAGCUGGAAAUUGCAUAAAAUAAAGAGGAAAAGUGUGGUAAAUGUAGUUGUAUGGCACCAAUUCAGGACAUGAACAGCUUCGUGUUUGUAGCCUGUCUGUACAUGUGAAAUAAUUUUCUGCUGUAGCUUGAUAAGGUAUUUAUCAACCGCGCUUUCUCAUGAUCAACUUUCAACAUAGUAAAUUUGGACCAAAUUUGGUUGCACAAAGGCAGCCUCAACACAGACGCAUGGAGCCGAGUGAUGGAUUCAGGGAGAAGUGGGUCACAAAUGUACCAACUGGUUUAAUGAUGAACUAGCUGUGUCAGAGGGGCCACUACAGAGACACAUGAAUGCACUUGGAUCUGAGUUUCCUGCAUCAGCAGCAGUUCAGACUCACCGUGUGGGUUUUUCAGCCCAUUAAUCAGCGUGAGAGUUUUGAUUUGUUUUUCGGGUGCUUGUGAACACCCACCAGACUGUUUGUGGACUUGCCCUAAAUAAAUGGGCUUUGUCCGAUUUUGCAUUUAUGAAAGCAGCGCGCUGUUGAAGUGUACAAAUGGACUAUUACUGAGACGUCUCCACCGAGCUGAAACGACUAAUGUCCAAAUAACGAGUUUCACUCACAUGUGAGGCUCCUUAUCUUGUUUUUCAUUUUUCUAGAGCAAUAAAGUUUUACAACCAUC